AUGAACCUUAACGGGUCCCCAAUAGGGACCGCGGUUCCGCCGCCCGCUUACGGAAAUAGUGGCCAACCGAGUCAACCUCGGAGCCCCGGCUACGGCCAACCUCAGAGCCAGGGUUACUCCGGCUAUGGCCAGCCCCAACAGGGCUACAGCCAGCCCCGGAGUCCCGGCUUCAGUCAGCCUCAACAAGGCUUCGGCCAACCCCAACAGGGUUACGGCCAGAACUCCGGUUACGGUCAACCUCAGAACCAGGGGUAUGGCUCUGGAGGCGGAUGUGGAGGCGGUGGAGCCCCACAAUAUGGAGGCUUCGGCAGAAGACGUGGCGGCGGGAAUCGCGGUCGCGGAAACUUCGGCAACCGCGGAGGCGGAGGUGGCCCGGCGCAGAAUGCCCAACGGCAACCCCGCACACCACAGCAGGAGGCUCGCCAACUAGCGACCUACGUCGAUCGGAUGGAAGCAAAGUUCUUCCAGUGGACACAGGACGGAACGAUCUCGUGUUCCCACUGCAUGUGGGGCAACCACAACCAAGCGAGUUGUGGGGAUGCCGGACUCCGGGAACAGGACAACCUCAACCGGAGAUGGUACAACGACUGGCGGUACCGUUAUGACAACGGAUGGCCACUGGGUUCGGCGAAUCCGAACUACGCCAGCAUAGUGCCACCACCGCGACCCCGUCAGCAGAAUGCCGGCGGAGGAAAUCAGCAGCCUGCCCAAGGGGGCGGGGCAAACCGUCAAAGCGGCGGUCGGGCCCCGUUGGCGAGUCCGCCACCAGGCCAGCGGCCGCAGUUGCCGCCUUCCCCGGCUCCAAAUAGGAGCCAGGGUAGGUUUUCACCGGUAGCUGGCGGGCCGGCCCCGGGAACGUCCCAGGGAAACGGCUAA